AUGCAAUCGAUUUACCACUCCGUGGCCAAAACACGCCUGGUGCCAAUCGCUGCAAUCCGACGCUACACGGCAAGCCCCAUUGCCUUCCAGCCGACUGCCAUCCACCGUGCUGAAAGCGCGGCAGACCUGAAAAAACAUCCAGAAAGCGGAUUCACACAAGAGAAGCUACCAGAUAGAAAACACAGCCACCACUGGUCCGAAGAGAAUGCCACGAUUAGCGAGGCCGAUAUUAAAGCGGAUCGCGAUGCGAUGGCCGAAGAAUUAGAAAAGGAAAAAAAGGAAGAUAAAGGUGCACAGUGA